GCAGAUAAGAGAGGGGACAGGAAGAAAUCCUCUGUGCUCCAGCCUUGGUGUACUCAGAGCUGAGCUCCACAAACCGCUGGAGCCUGGAAGCAGGAGCUUUUCUUUUUUUUUUUUUCUUCCCUUUAAAAACUUUUCAGGAAGUCUGGGGGAGGGGCAAUGCUGUUUCUUUUUUGUUAUAACGGGCCCCUUUGUGGAGAUGGACGAGGAGGAGAGGUCUGUGUGGCUGUGGUGCACACGCUUCUCAGGGAUUCCCAGGGUCACCUCCCAGAGCUCCUAAAAAGAGAGGAAAAGGGGAGGGGACCUGUCCGGGAUGGAGCUGAUGGUGCUGCUCAAUGCUUUGGUUACUCGCCUGCUCUUUGUGUUGCACUCCCUCAUCGGGGUUUGGAGAGUGACUGCAGUGAAGAAAGAACCCAAGUACUGGCUGCUGGCACUGCUCAAUCUUCUCCUGUGCCUGGAGACAGGGCUCACCCUCAAGUUUAAGCAAGGCAGAGGCUACAAAUGGUUUUCACCAGCAAUAUUUCUGUACUUGAUUUGCACAGUACCAUCACUAUGGCUACUAGAAAUUCAUCAUGGGACUCAGUACUGCAGUAACGAGCCUGGAGCUGUUCAGGUGAACAUCAGCAAUCAAGACUUCAAUCAAUCCAGAGACAGCAGUCAUGGAAGUGAGGGAAUAGAUCACCACAUCAUUCAGACGGCUAAAGUCUUUGUGAAUCAGCUCUCCAGAAUCUGUGAGACUGUAUGGACACUGGCACUCCACCAGACUUUUCUGCUGCUACUGGUAGUUGGGAGGUGGCUUCUCCCCAUUGGAGCUGAAAUCACCCGGGAUCAAUUGUCUCAGCUGCUGCUCAUGUUUGUGGGAACAGCAGCAGAUAUACUUGAAUUUGCUAGUGAAACUUUGGACAUUGAAGAUGUUCGGAAGAAUUAUGCUCUCAUAAAUGCAAUUCUUGCUGUAUGGACCUGGAGUAUGUUACAGUUUCCACUUGAUCUUGCAGUACAGCAUAUUGGCUGCAAACCAACUGCAUCGACUAGGCGGAUACCAAGUCUACUGCUGUGCAGGUACAGUGCAGAACUGUGGAACAUUGGGGUCAGCCUUUUCAUACAGGAUGGUCCCUUCUUCAUUGUGCGUUCGAUCCUGAUGGGCCACUUCAGAAUAUUCAAUCAGAUGCUAGUUUUUUUCACGGCUAAGAAUAUCUUAGUGGUUACUCUACAAUUGUAUCGUUUGGCAGUGAUAUCAUUAGACUUCCAUGCUACCAUUUUGCAGAAGAGCAGGAAAGAAGUCAGCUGUUGCCCAUGUGAGCCUUAUGAAGCUAGUACUCAUGCUACUACUGACCAAGAUACCGAACUGAAAGAUUUUGUUGCUUUUCCUCCAAAAGAGGAACCCCAAGCUCCAUCAGAAGAUCCGUGACCACAGUUACUGACGUAAGAGGUUCCAUUUCCCACAGCUUCUUCAGAAAGGCUUAAUCUGUUUCAAUGACCCAAUAUUCUUUGAGUGAGUACCUAAAUCAUCUCUUCCACCAAGAGAUCAAUAAUUUCGUCUAAUUGUAGGAGAAAUUUCUGAAGCAAAGUCAUAGAUAUGGGACAUUUUUCUAUCUUUUUGUAUGCUGGGUUUUGACUAGUUCCCUAUUGUAUUAUCCACAGGGAUUUUGUAGCCAUAGUUUGUAGUAGCAAGAAAGGUUUGGCACACUAACGAAGUUGGUUAUUAUUACCUUUGGUGGCACUGUGCUAACAUGUUCUCACAUGUAUUCAAAUAGAAGGAGAAGCCUAUCCAUCAUGGGAAAUAUGGAUGCAUUUAGCUCUACUAUAGGCCGACAUUGAUGGUUGGGCUGUAACUAGAGCACAAUGAACAGUAUAUUCGCCAUGUACAGGACCAGCUUCAGCAGUGACAACUGUGCAGACAUGUAAGUGAAGGAAGAUGACAGAUUUCUGCUGUUACUGUGACAUCAAAACAUCGAUCAGUCAAGAAAUUUAAGAAAAUCUUGUGCAAAUGUUACCUCAUCCUUGGCUGGAUUCAGUUAAAAACUAUGCAACACCACGGAACGGCAUAAACAAAACUGUCUCUUGGGACCUGCAUUGUCUGAAUAACAAUGUCUGAAAACGGAAAACCAAAACCUAAAAUAAAAAGCAACCGCACAGAUCAUUAGAAGACAACUCUGUUUGUCACAGCCAUUUUCUACUGGCACUUGUCUUUCUAUUGCUACUAGUCAGAACGCAAAAAAAUCACCACCCAAAAUACUUGUGAAGGUUUCCCUCCCGCCCUCCUUAAUUUCUCUGUGUUUGCAGCCGAGAAGUUUUUUAAAUGUUGCCAUUUUAUAUGAUUUUUUUUUUUAAUAAGUGGCCUGACUCAGGCAUAUAACCUAACUAGAAGUAAAAUAGCACUGCUCAAGUUUGACAAGACAACCUAGACAAGAGUAUUCAGGCUAGUGCUUCGCAUUUUAUAAAGCAAAAUGAAUCACCACAUGGUCCCAUGAAAUAACUUGAGAGACUGGCUGGUCUGUUUAGCGUCAAGAUCCUUUUUUAAGAAAUGGCUAAUAAUUACGCUUUUACUGCUUUAACAUUUGGAGUGAGCAACAUAGGGCCUGAUUAAUUUCUCCCAAGAACACACUUUAUAUCAGCAUAACACCACUGACUUUGCUGGGCUUCGCUUAUAGAGGCUGAAGUAAGACAAGUGAUUUUUUAAAAUAUGCCUAAAAUAUAUAUUCUCGGAAGAAAUGGCAGGUACUUUUACAAAUUUCUACAUCCAUUCUAAAAAAAAUCUAGAAAAACAUAAAAAAUGUAGAAAAUAUAAAGUGACCUAAUUAAGGUAACUUCCCUUAUUAAAAGUUCCCAAUUAAACCUCAUUUUCUAAAGGUUCCGCUGUCUGAAGACAACAACACUUUUCAUUUCCCAGACCAGAUUCUAUCACCACUGUAGCGGUCAUAUGGUUAUUUAUCCAUAGCCUGAUAAGCAAUGACAUAUUUAUUCUUUGAAAGAUUAACCUAUUUAAUAAUUCCAAACCCCAAACACGUGAACCUGUGUUUAUAUUUUUGUGAGUUACUGAGUUUGUUACUGUUCUCUGCAUGAUCAGGCUCUUCCAUUACAAGAAGAGAAAAUGCACAGACUCAAAGAAAAAAGUCUUAUAUGCUUCAAAGCCCUUUAACAUUUAUACUGUAGUAAUAACAUGCCACACUUCCUGCUUUUCUUUUUUAGUUUGGGCCUUUUUUGGGCAGAAAAAGCCAAUCGUCAUUCACCAUGGCAUUAUGAGAUAGAUGUAUGGAGAGUUAGAAUGCAACUUUAUUUGGGAUUUCAAUUCCAGUCUAGAAGUAAAAAGGCUAGAGUGCUGCUGCUGACUGGCUGUGCUGUCUAAAACCUUUGAAAAGAGGGUGAAUUUAGAAUGAGUUAGUAGAACUGCAACACAUCUCUUCCUUGUUGAUGCAAGCCAGGACCAUCCACAUUCAUUUUGAGUUUAUCGCUUGCUUAUAUAGUAAUUAUCCUGUUAAAAGAAUUGUUGCUAAUUAAUUUGGAGUGUAUUGAGCCUGCUAGAACAUAAUUUUAAAUUCAUCAGCACAAAAACUGCAGGAUGUACUUUUUUACAUUUGCUGUCUGUUUAAAGGGCUUAGUUCAGCAACAAACUGCCUUCGAGGCUCAGCCUGCAGCAAAUGCAAGAUCCCCCGAGGUCAGCAAUAUAGAGACUAGUUACAGCAGGAAUAUUUUACAGAGAACUGUAUUUCUUGAUCCUCAGGCUGUUUCAUUUUAAACACCAGUAAAGCUUCUAAUCAGAUUUCCUGCGAGAAGAACUCACUCCAGUGCUAGUUUUUUACUGCUAGAUCCCAUCUCCAUUCACUCACAGAAAGUGGGCUAGAUCCUCCCUCGCUCUUAUCAUAGAACAGAUUUGGACUCGCCUUUUCCUCCCCACUAUCGGGGUGACAACGAACAAAUGCUUAAAACCAAAAGAAAAUCCAAACAAACAAAAAAAAGCACUUAAAUGGUUGGUGUUCUAUCUCCCCACCUGUGUGCAGAGGGGAAUCAUAUCUGAAUGACGUGCUGUUCCCUCCACUUCCUUUAAAAGCCUGGAAAUGGCAGUUAAGCUUAACUGGUGUCAUGCUUGCUAUUCAGGAAAAACUGCAACAUGUUUUCAGGAGGGAAAAUUCAAGCCUUCUAAAUGGAAGGUUUUCAGAACAUUUGUCUUAAUCAUUAUUUACUCAAGUCAGGAGAAUUCCAUUACUAAAUCUCUUCUGCAAAUAGAUACUUAGCCAUUUACUGUUAUAUAUCCUGGUUGUUCUUGCCUUGUUCUUUUAGAUUAUUCCAUAUUAAACCUCACUAAAAUGUUUUACCACUUGUCUUUUCCUGACCUAAAGUACGUUCCUCCUUUCCUUUGGACACUGGCUCAAAUAACAUCAUAGCCCUAAGCCUGAAAAGAAAACAAACAAGCCCAAACCAAAACACACCAGCAACCAUGAUUUUAUUAUGUUUCUGUUGGUAUUUGUACUGUACUAUUUUCUCUGGGACCAUGUGGAAAUGGAAGAAAAUGUGCAAUUACUUUUAAAAAAUUCCAACUGUAUUUUGCAAAUAAAAGGCAGUUACCUCAGGCAUAGCUGCCAAUUUAUUAUGUGAGAGCUGACUGUUAUAUGUUCCCAUUAAUUACAUCUUCCACAUGCUGCUUUUCCUUUCCAUCCAUCCUAAGUUAAUUACUUAGGCCAGAUUCUGACAGCAGCCAUUGCUUUGAAAAUCUACAGCAACUGCAGUAAAUUCUGCUGUAUUCUGAAUAGGUUCUUCUUUAUUCAGAACCUUUGCCUCCAAAUACCCAAGUCACAGAACAUUUCCAGAGGGGAGGUGUUUAUUAUCUGCACACAGUAUGCAUUCUAGAGAUGUGCAGAAACAGAUAUAUACAUUUAGACAUCUGUAAACACCUGGCGAUACCCAAUGCAUACAGUUUUUAUUUCUGUUGUGUGAGACUGCUGAUGAAAACACUCCACAAAUGUUUGUAAAACACUUACAGAAAUACCUCAACAUUACAAAUACCUUAAAGUUUAGGGCUCUAAAAACUAAUUGUUUCAUACUCUGAGUAUGAUUUUUUUAAUAAUACUGAUUAAAAAAAAAAGUUUUGUAAACUCCCUGAAAUAUAUUCUUUCUAUGCCGGUUUCCUCAGUUGAAUGAA